AUGAAGAGUUUCUUGGACGGCCCCAUGGACUACGCAAACAAACUGAAGUUGCAAUGUCGAGUAGGCGAUCUGGAUUUGCCAGAACGGAGGAAGAGGUACAGCAGCCGUAGAGAGAGGAAGAGGAGGAUAGACAGACAUGUCCAUGUGGCAAAUCGGAGNCAAACUGAAGUUGCAAUGUCGAGUAGGCGAUCUGGAUUUGCCAGAACGGAGGAAGAGGAAAGAGAGGAUCUCGAGGAGGACAUGAGACAGAGAGGGUGUGACAUGGAAAAGUUUGGUAAAUUAGACAACAGCAAAAAAACGAUCGCGGUAAUUGGGGAUAGAUGGUGGGCACAAGAGGCCGUAGAGGACGGGGAUAAGAUGUGCAAGAAAUUUUUCACGGUACAGUUAUUCAUACUCUACUAAAACUUUUGUAAGUACGGCUCUUCAAUACUCAACUAAACAUCUUUUUGAGUAUAGUAUGGCUUUUUAUACUCUACUCAUAUUCACUUUAUUGUACGGCUCUUCAUACUCUACUCAACGUACUCUUGCGGUUUAGUACGGCUUUUCAUACUCUACUAAACAUACCCUUUGAGUUUAGGAUGGCUUCCUAUUCUGUACUAUACUAUCACUUUAGUAUAGCUUCUCAUACUCUACUAAACAUACUGUUGCGUUUAGUAUGGCUGCCCAUACUCUACUCAGGCCAUAGUACAGCCCGCCAUUCUCAACUCAGAGUACGUACUACUCAACGUCAGAGUACGUACUACCUUCCACCAAAGGGUGUGUUGGUGACGUCACUAUUCAGCAGAAAGUAGACAGUCUCGCCGCACAGAGUGUUGGUGGGCUCCAGGCUCCGAUACUCGCGCGCUCGCGUACUCAGAUACUGGGGUACUGAGGUAGUGGCCCGCAGGGGAGAUAGUGGCAGCUGAGCAUGAGUGACGCGAGCGGUUGGUUCGGCCGCAUCUGCUCCCGAUGCGGGUGGUUCUCCCGGUACGAGUACCCUCGCACCGGGUUCUUCAACACAAGACGCGCAACAAGACAACGAGGUGGUCGUCGUGCCGGGCUCAACGAGUGGAGGAGCGCCACAGCAGUCAGUGAACGUCAAGCGUCCCGCACCGGUCUUCCACGUUGGCGGAGGGGAGUACGACGUGCCGGAGGCUACGAAGAACGCUGUCGCGUCAUUCGUUGUGCCGGCCGGUUUCCAGCAGGAAGGCGUCCGCGAGGACUCCUUCAUGUUUAU